AUGACAGCAGAUAAAUAAAAGCACCAAGAAAAGGAUCCAAAACUAUUGAAGCUAUUUGCAGCAAUAAUAAUAUUUAUGACAGUUGAUAUCAUAUUUUUACGCGAAUACCUAUUUGAAAUUUCAGUGAGACAUCAAAUCAUGAUGAGAACUGAAUAUUAUAACCGACCAUUAGAGCUAUUCUUCCACUCUAUCAGCGAGUCUUGUGACAAAUAUGGUAUUACACUUAUUUCUUGUGUUUCCGUGUCACUUUUUCCUAUGGAACGAGCAUAUAUGCAAAUAUUUAUUCAAGCAUCUAUUAUAGGAGCAAAUAAUAUUCUUAAAAGCAUAUUCGCUUAGCCUAGACCAUUCUUUUUGUCGAGCCAAAUAAAGCCCUUAAAAUGCACAUUAGAGCAUGGAGAUCCAUCUGCUCACACUAUGUUUGCUAUGGCUUACUACUUUCACUUUACCCUAUGUGUUAUUAAUUCAUUCAAAAUCCAAAGAAAGGCUAUGGUUUGGUCCUUUUAUGGAGUUUUCUUUUGUUUGAUAGUGUCGUCAAGAGUUUAUAAUGGGUAUCAUACUUACAAUCAGAUUUUUUCAGGAAUAUUCUGGGGUUUAGCAUUCUACUACACUGUCUGUGAUGUAUUCGAGGAAAGCAUUCACAAUAUGGUAAGAAAUGUCAGAUAGAAAUCUUUAAUCUAACUAUUACUGAAUCCAGUUACUUACACUUUUAUCGUAGGCUAUGUUAUUCAAAUUCUCCUACUUAUAUAUGGAUUGAAUUAUAGACCUACACCAUCUUCAUGGCUAUAAAAUACGAUUGCGAAUUGUCCAAAUUAUGGUCAGAGAGUCGACCCUAAUUUCUCUGACUUCGAGAGAUAUCCGGUGGCUAUAGCAACCAUCGCGCUUUUAUUUGGAACAGCAGUCGAACAAAAUUACUUUCCAUCAAGAGACUAUAAUAUUCACUUAACUAAUGGAUUUUUGAAGCAUACUGCAAGAAUCUUGAUAAAUUUUCUAAUUUUAUUUACUUCAACUAUUUACAUGCCAUUUAUUCCUAAUGAUUCUUCAUUUACAAUGAUAGUUUUGUUAAAAUUUGCAAUUCCAAGCUUUGUCUCAGGGUUUUUGGUAGUAUCAGUUCCAAAAUACGUUUUUUACAAGCUUGGAUUAAUAGAUUUAGAGCAUAAAAUUGAUAUUAAAAAUCAAGAAAGCUAAGUAGGAAAAGGAAACAAGAAUAAAACAAAAAUUAGAUGA